AUUGAUAUUGAUAUUUAUGAGGAUCACCUGGGCCUUAACCUGGAUAGUGAACGUGUAGUGGAGUUACAAGCGGAGAUCGGCGAGAAAUUCAAGGAAGCGGUUAAAAGCGCUGGGGAUGAAAGGCUUUUUUCGAAGCCUGAAGAUUAUACCGCGGCCAUUGAGCAAUUACAUGGUGAAAGCGAAAGCAUAGAAUUUCUACAAAGUCUUUCUAAUGACUUAGUUAAAAAUGGAGCAAACGGGGAGACCUAUAAAGAAGGCAUUCAAAUGUGGAUCGAUCUUAUGAUGCCCAGCCCACUUGAUCAAUUUUCCAUUCUCCCAUUGAUUCCUAUGAAAAUAGGAGGCUUGUAUUUCUCAUUCACAAAUGCAUCUUUGUUUAUGCUACUCACUCUCAGUUUGGUCCUACUUUUAGUUUAUUUUGUUACUAAAAAGGGAGGAGGAAACUCAGUACCAAAUGCUUGGCAAUCCUUGGUAGAGCUUAUUUAUGAUUUCGUGCCGAACCUGGUAAACGAACAAAUAGGUGGUCUUUCCGGAAAUGUUAAACAAAAGUUUUUCCCUUGCAUCUCGGUUACUUUUACUUUUUCGUUAUUUCGUAAUCUCCAGGGUAUGAUACCUUAUAGCUUCACAGUUACAAGUCAUUUUCUCAUUACCUUGGGUCUCUCAUUUUCUCUUUUUAUUGGCAUUACUAUAGUGGGAUUUCAAAAAAAUGGGCUUCAUUUUUUAAGCUUCUCAUUACCCGCAGGAGUCCCACUGCCGUUAGCACCUUUUUUAGUACUCCUUGAGCUAAUCCCUCAUUGUUUUCGCGCAUUAAGCUUAGGAAUACGUUUAUUUGCUAAUAUGAUGGCCGGUCAUAGUUCAGUAAAGAUUUUAAGUGGGUCCGCUUGGACUAUGCUAUGUAUGAAUGAUCUUUUCUAUUUCAUAGGGGAUCCUGGUCCUUUAUUUAUAGUUCUUGCAUUAACCGGUCUGGAAUUAGGUGUAGCUAUAUCACAAGCUCAUGUUUCUACGAUCUCAAUCUGUAUUUACUUGAAUGAUGCUACAAAUCUCCAUCAAAGUGCUUAUUUAUUUAUAAUUGAAGAAAAGCGAGGCAAUGUAUAUUGCGACUAUUGGUUGAUGAUAAAGUUCUUGUUGGUCCUGUUGGUGGAGUUCCUGCCCUUGGCCUUGGUUCCAGUCUUGUCUCGCAUGCCAGCAAGUAUUCUAGAAAGAAUGACUUGGUUUCAUGUAGCUACGCUAUCUUCUCCUUCGGAUCCUGCCUUGUGUUUGUGUUGCUAAUAAAUAGCAAAACCUUUUUGAUCUCAUUCGUAUUCUGAUCGAAGAAAGAGGUUCAGCUAUCUUUU